GAGCUGGGACCAGACCCUGAACUCAUGCUCAUCAACCAACAUCUCGUCAACCUGUCCUAGGAAGAGAAAAGAUCAAACUCUUCAGUCUCGUCAGAUAUUGUCCACAAAUGCAAACGAUGAGACACUGUCACUCGAACCGGUGGCACAGCGCAACUCAUGGAAAAUGAGCAAAACUUUAGGAAGAAUUGGUAAGAGUAAAGCACCACUCCGAACAUUAUACCUGCCUUCUUUCCCCUGUGACCCACUGGAUUCUCUCAGCGUCUCCCUGUAUUAUACCAAGCUGAUUGUGCAGAUCAGCAGAACCAUUGACCAGACAGGGAUAGAGGACUCAGAGGCAUUAGCUGUGUGCUUUUACCUGCGUGGGAUUGUCCGCCUGGCCCAGGGUCAGUCCCUGCAAGCUCUGCUGGACUUCCAGAACCUGGAGAAAAUCGACAUGAACUUCUUCCCCUGGGAUCUGGUCAAGCACACGCUGAAUUCUAUGACUCCCGAGCAGCUUCACACUGUACAGGAGACAGAGGAGCUGAAGGGUCUGUUCUAUGGGACCAUGCAGAAACACUGGGAUACGCUCAAACAGGAGGAAAGCGUGAAGAACUUUGAGCUGCCCAAGAUGCCGCUGAACAAGCAGGACUUCAGAAUCCACAUCCAGGCUGCGGGAAUAGUCAAUAAUCCUAACAACACUGAUCGGCUCUUUGACAUACUCGCAGGAGGACCACCAAAAAAGGAAAAUUCCAAGAAGAGAAAGACUAAAAGAAAAUAA